AUGUCGCCCCAGAGACCUGCAUUUGAUGCCCUACCUUUGCACAAAGAUGGACCUCCUGGGAAUGCUUGGGGGAUGUUUGGCGAUCAUGAUCAGACAGGCAUGCUCAAUCUAUUAACGCCGGAGAAUACCAUCGCAGCUGCUCGCGAGAUUGUGGAUGGCAACAAAGCUCCCCGAGCAGUCAACGAUGAUAUCUUGGUUUUUAAUACUCAGAGUAGUAGCCAAUGGGAUGGCUUCAGGCAUUAUGGAUCAAAACAAGGAACUUACUUCAAUGGGUGUACCCAGGAGGAUAUCGAGAAUUCCACUCGAAACGGCAUUCACGUAUGGGUCGAAAAUGGCGGGAUUGUUGGACGAGGCGUUCUCUUGGACUAUGCAGGUUGGGCAGCGGCGAACGGGAAAGUAGUGAAUUGCUUUGAAACCCAGUCAAUCCCGGCUUCGGUACUUCAAGAGGUAGCUGUUAGUCAGAACACCACAUUCCGACCGGGAGAUAUCCUGUUUAUUCGCACGGGUUGGACUCGAGCCUACGAACAGCUGUCACAGGCGCAAUGUCAGCAACUGGCCGCUUAUACAGCACCACCAGUGAUUGGGGUUGAAUCAUCCGAAGCCAUGCUACGCUGGAUUUGGGAACUUGAACUUGCCGCUGUGGUAGGAGAUAUGCCGAGCUUUGAAGCAUACCCAUGCCAGAAUCAGUUAUUCUUUCUCCAUGAGUGGUUGCUCGCGGGCUGGGGGGUCCCAAUCGGGGAAUUAUUCGAUCUCGAGCAGCUCAGCCAGGAGUGUCGGAAGAGAGACCGCUGGACCUUUUUCUUUAGUAGCGUGCCAUUGAAGGUUCCUGGUGGGGUUGCAAGCCCCCGAAUGGCCUACUAUCGUCAAUUACAAUCGCAGGCUCCUGCGUCCCGAGAAGGUAGUCAUCCAACACCGUCAAGUGAGCCAUCGGUAUCCAAUCGCUACUCUGAUGAGGGGCCACCCGAACGCGACGACUGGUGGUACAAAGGGACGGACAAUCUGUUCUUGAAUCGGUCUGGAGAACAUCAUUUCGUGGGUGCCUCGUCCACCACACAUCUCGCCAAACGGCUCAAUCCCGGGUCCAAAAACCUUGCAUGGGAUGUGCGCCCACUUUACGAUGACCCUUCAUCAUUAAGAAGACCAGUUGGUGGCUCAUUACCUCAAUUGCCGCCUUUCGAGUUUGCUAAGCGACUCUUCUGGGUACAAUACGCUUACAUCGGUACAAUCUUCUCCCUCAUCCAACCCUUGGAGUUUGAAGAACGGCUCGAUCUAGUCUAUCACCAACCACUUGAUUUUUCACAUCGUGAAUCUUGCCUGGUAUACUGCCAGACACUGUUGGUUAUUUCCUUUGGCUUGAUGUACAGUGUAAACCAAUGGAUUGGCGAGGAAGGUCCUCCCGGCUUCAAGUAUUUCAAGCAUGCGUUACGUUUCUUGCCAGAUAUUCACGAAGAGGGCUCCAUUCUCUUCGUCGAGGUGCUAUGCUAUGUGGCAUACUAUAUGCAGAAUCUGAACAGACGGGACGCUGCCUUCCUCUACAUCGGCCUUGCUCUGCGCAUGGCUAUCUCCCUAGGCCUACAUCAAGAGGUGUCUGACCCCGCAAUAAGUGAAUCCGACCGCAACCGUCGACGUCGGGCUUGGUGGUCUGUUUACAGCUUGGACCGGCUACUCUCGGUCAAGUCUGGUAAUCCUAUUACGAUUCACGAUGAAGACAUUGGGAUAACUUGGCCCACAACUGUGGGUGGAUCAACCUUCGAUCCGUGGCCAUCGACUGUGCUCACCCAUUAUACACAACUGUCCCGUAUAUUGGGGCGGAUUGGGGAAGAAAUUUACAGAAAGAAACCUGGAUCCGGAUCCAACCUCGUUGCUUCUGUCCAGAGUAUCACCAAUGACCUUUCUGGUUGGCUGCGACAAGUCCCAGACCGGCUCCGCAUCGAUUUUACUACCCUCGAUACUCACAUCAACCGAGAGUCUGUCUCAAUCAACUUGCACUUCUACUCAUGUGUGAAUAUGACUGCACGCCCGUUGGUCUUUUAUAUCAUCCAACGGCGACUUGAUGCAGAAGCCCUUGGAUCCGCAACAGAAGAUUGGAAAGAAGGGCUGGCUCCCAAUACUGUCGCCGUCAUUGACAGCUGCAUCACAGCCGCGCGAGCAACAACUGUGAUCAUGGAUGCAGCUGCCAAACAUAAUCUCAUUGCUACAUAUGGAUACCUCGACGGUGAAUAUAUCUUCUCCGCUGCACUUCUACUGGUCAUGGUGAAUGCCGCGUUUCCGCCUAAUGAAACCAGCGCCCGGGCCAUGGAGACUGCACUGAACCUUCUUCGAGGUAUGGCAGAUCGGGGAAAUACAUAUUUGGACUCGCGUCACUCACUACUGUUGGAAUUACGGGCGGCCAUUGGACCUAGAUCUGCAGAAGAAAAGGAUAGCGAUACGACAAGUUCUCUUACUGCAGGUCAAAAGGGCCCUGUGACGCCGAUGACUGAGAACGGUGGAAUUCCUUCAACCGAUAUUCCAGAUCCGAGUACAGAAUUAGCAGCUUCACAAGUGCUUAGUCAUGAUUGGCCACAGCAACCGGAUCUCCCUUCUUUCCGGGAUAUUGCCUUUCAGUUCGAUCUAAACGAUGAUCCAGCACUCUGGGAAGGGGCCUUGGAUCAAAUCGACAUUGAUAUGGACACUGACUGGAUCGAGAAUACUUUAAAGCGAUAA